UUCUCCGUCUCCGUUUGUAACGUUCUGCUCCACCUGACGGCUGGCAGGAAGACAUGCUCGGAACAGCGCUCUGAGCUCCAUCAGUACCGAUCCGGACCUGGUCAGAGCAGGUUUCAGGUCGGAUUGGAGCCAUCCUGGAUGAUGGAGCGCUCCUGAUCCCGCUGGACGGCCGUCUCCUUUCGUCUCAUCUCGGUUGUGCUCGGACAAACGGAGGCCUGAACAUGUCUGCGCGGGAGAAGGGGGUCCGGGUCCAGACCAAAGACAGCGUCAGCCUGCUGCCCUGUUUCUACUUCGUGGAGCUACCCAUUCUGGUAUCAUUGGUAGUCAGUCUUUACUUCCUGGAGUGGACGGACGUGUUCAAGCCUGUCAAGUCCGGCUUCAACUGUCAUGACCGCAGCCUGAGCCUACCCUACAUUGACCCAAACCAUGAGGCCAUCCCUUUGCUGAUGUUGCUCAGUCUGGCCUUUGCUGGACCAGCCAUCACAAUGAUGAUUGGAGAGGCCAUCGUGUUCUGCUGCCUGUCUCGGAGGAAGAGUGGUGCUGGUGCUGAGGCCAACAUCAACGCAGCCGGCUGCAACUUCAACUCCUUCAUUCGCAGAGUGGUCCGAUUCGUUGGUGUUCACGCUUUUGGUCUUUGUGCAACAGCCCUGAUUACCGACAUCCUCCAACUAAUGACUGGUUACCCAACACCCUACUUCCUCACUGUGUGCAAACCCAACUAUACCACCCUUAACACCAGCUGUGAGCAGAACCCUUAUAUCGUAGAGGAUAUUUGCGCGGGAUCAGACCCGUCAGCUAUCAACCAGGGCAGAAAAUCCUUUCCAUCGCUGCAUGCCACACUGGCAUCCUUUGCUGCUGUUUAUGUUUCGAUGUACUUCAACAGCACACUGACUGACUCUUCCAAGCUGCUCAAGCCCCUGUUGGUCUUCUCUUUCAUCAUGAGUGCCAUCAUCUGUGGUUUGACCCGGAUUAUUCAGUACAAGAACCAUGCCAUUGAUGUUUACCUGGGGUUUCUGAUUGGAGGUGCCAUUGCUGUCUAUCUGGGACUGUAUGCAGUUGGGAACUUUCAGUCCAGUGAUGAGAUGAGUAGCAGUUCUUCUUUACUUGUACACCAGGCCCCUUGCUCAUUGCCCCAUGUAAGCCAGGAGGCUGUCCUCCACCACUUACAGAUGAAAGCUGGUAUGGUUGGUGAGCCUGGCAUACCCACCUCCCACUCUGAGGGCCUCCUUCACAGAAGCCUUCAGCAGCAAAGGCCUGAGGACAGCCUGAAGUGCUCCAGUGCCAAUGUGGAAGUGAUAUCCCCUCAUAGCCCCCAGGGUAAAGAUGCUGUUAUGACCUUUAGCCAUACUCUCCCACGGGUUCACACUCCACAGGCCAUAGCAGCUUAUGAGGAAGCUGCCAGACGUCAUGCCGCCACUCUCCACCAUGCUUCCAUGGACUCCAGCCGCUCAAAGCAACUUCUUUCUCAGUGGAAAAGCAAGAACAGUAAUCAUAAGUGCAACGUGAUCAUUUCAGAUUCCUUCUCCUCCUCCAUGGAUUCAUCCUCUGGCCAGUCCUCCCAGCAUCCCCAUCAUGGCAGCAUGGAGCUCAGAUCCACCUCAGAACCAACGGCUGGGGCUCUAAAUGGGGUCUUUGACAGUCAUGCAUAUUUGUCCAAGCUGCCAACAGGUGCUAGUACCACCUUACCCAGUAACUGUAGCGGCAUUACUGGAGGGGCCAGGAUAUCCAUGCAGUCCAGACCUGGGUCUUCACAGUUGGUCCACAUACCAGAAGAGGCUCAUGAAAACUACAACCUUUCCCAAAGAAAAAUGGAAGGAGGAAGUGAAGGCAUGACAUCAGGAAACAGCACAGUUCAGGCCAACUGGCAAAAGGCAGCUGAGAAGACUGUAGCAUGCAGGACUAAUGAUAUGCAAAACACCCAGCCACGAAUCAUGCAAGUGAUCGCCAUGUCCAAACAGCAGGGGCUACUGCAGAGCCACUCCAAGAGCUUAGAUGAGAGCAGCAUUGGCUGCAACACCAAUGGAAGCUGCAAGAGUGUUGGUCGUUGCAACGUGCAAGCUGAUCCAGACCGUAUCCCCACCCCAGGGCUCAGCUCACAGGGCAGCAUCACAGGCAGCAUGUCAGGAAGCACUGGCGCAAUCAUUAGAGUAGAUGCCCACCCUGAAAACAACAGACCAGUAAUGCAAGCGCUGUCCACUGAUGGAAGUGGGUCAUGGAGAUGGAGGUCUUUGGAUCAUGGUACUGGAGUUGGUGGAAGCACAGAAACCAGCUGUGUAGGUGGUGGGCCAGCUGCAGGACCUGGGAGUUUGAGGCAGUCUUUUGAGCACAAUGAUCAAAACGUUGACUCGGAGAGCUCAGAUUCAAUGCGUGAAGGGUCUGUUGACCGAAAACGAGGUAAACACAUUCUUAUUACAACCUCCACAAUUGAGACUCCACCAGUAGUUACUGUACACACCCAGAAUGCUUCUCAGUCUGAGCAGAGGCUCCACCCUCAGGGCCUUUCUACAAUAAGGGUCACUCCUGGAGAUGGUAGUGGCUCUGGGGCUGAAGGAGGUGGAGACACUGCUUCAGAAAUCCACUCAGUUGCCUCCAGUCGAGAGUCAACACUGCGGCGAAAAGGCAAUAAUAUUCUGAUUCCAGAGAGAGCCAACAGUCCUGAUAAUGCUAGGAACGUUUUCUACAAGGGAACAUCGAUCUCUCCUGCUUUCAAGGACUGAAUAAUGAUGAAGUUGGACGAUUCUCCGAAGACGUAGCAAAUUAACAGAGCUUUCAGAGAACCCGGUAGCAGGUAACCGUUAAAACAUGAAAACGAGAUGGUUUUAUGUAGCAUGAAUUUUGUACGUGUUUACACUAAAGCACAACUGUUUAUAUGUUAUAGAGAUCACGGUGUACCUUUUGUGGUUGUUCCUAAAAAAGAAUCAUAUUUUGAUUUAGAUGUUGUGCAGUACUUUGGGGGGCUGAAGCACCUUUUACAGAAUAAUAUGGUUUGGAGUUUUUUUUUUAAGAUCCCCAAAUUAAGACUCAGCACUGCAAAGGAUCAUGUUAUAGCUGUGAAACCAAUGUUUACUUCCCAAAAUUGUAAAUAUUGUUUAUGCCUGAAGGCGGUGCUACACCAGCUAAUAUAGUUAGCAUUACAUAAACGUAUUGUAGACUCUAAAAAAAUAUUUUACAAAAACGAUUAUGAUUACGAUAAUUUAUCUAAACUUUUUUCUAUAUUGUAACUUUUGUGUACAGAUUCUGUCUUCAACAAAAUACUGUUUAACCAUAAGUGUGCCUAGCCUUCAUUACGUAGCUACAAAGUCAGAUUUAUUGUCACUUGCACUGAAUUAAGCAUUUGCCGCAUAUGGUGUAGACUCAAAAACGAUCCAGACUUUAACAGCAGCCAGUUCCAAAGACCCUGUGACAUCAAUAUUUGGUCUUAAAGCACAUGUUUAAUGGUGGUUCGUGGUGAACUGGGCCUUUUCUCCCAGCAGACCGCUCUUAUGGCACUUACACAUUAGGGUCAGUACGGUCGGGGGAAGAUAGCAUCAGUUCAGUCUCAUACGGCCAUUGUAGCGUUCACAUGUAAUUCCGAAGGAGUUCUCGGGAUCGCUGAAAUCCCCGAGCACGUGCGGCGUUUAUGACCUGUGGGAAAGUGUGGUGUCCUCCUUAUUAACUCAUUCACUGCCAGCCAUUUCCUGAUCAGAAAAGCCCUUUGUUGCCAACUUUCCUCACCGUUUUACAGUUUUUUUAAGAGUCGCAGAACGUUGCGCGCUAGGCUGAUGUGGACGUCAAAACAACCAAAACAAAGCGGAGACUCACCUCUUACAUCAGGAAGAAUCCGCGUAUUUCGAGUGUUAUCCGUUCUUUCAUAAUCUGUUAUUGAAUUGUGAUCGGCAAAAGCUUUUCUGGUUCACGCCUCACUUUUUUUUACAGCAGCGGCCCAAAACGAUCUCCUAACGCAUGGAUUUUCUGCUUCCUGAUCACGUGACAUGUGAUGUACACGGAUGAAGAUCGGCUUUAGAGCCGAGAUGUUUGUCCUCACGGUGCGGGGGCUCGUUCCGAUGCCCACGUGGUAAAAAAAUGCAAAUGACGACUUUAGACGUCAAUGGCAGUGAAGACAAUAAAAGGUGGACGCAAACUGUGUUGCUUUUGGAGACUGAACCACAUUUUUCUAAUAAUUUGCUCCCUGUUCUCUCACUGCCGUACGUGUCCUCAAACUCAGCUCACACACACACACUGCUCUCUCCUCCAAUUGAGACAUUUGCUGCUCAGAGAACACACACACACAACUCUCUCUUUUGCCUUCCCACUGAGCGGGAGCUCCAGUUCUACAGACAGAGAUGCUUACUCAGCAUCCAGCAUGGAAGUGAAACCCCUGCUGACUGAUUCUACUCUCCAAUCAGAAACGGUAGGCGUGAAUUUCAGCUGGCCAAUAAUUCUGUGGUGUCACCAGGUGUGAAAUCAAAUCCCGGUCCUGUACCCAACCGUACUGACCCCAAUGUGUAAAUACAAUUACACUGUUUGACCCAACUGACCUCUAUCUCCGUGAGUCAUGUUCUACCAGCUCAGUUUUACUUUCAGCUCUUCAUCAGCUCAUUUUUCCGUCCAACCUUCAGAGACGCCCUCAGUUGUUCGGGGUUUUUGAUAGAGCUCAUCCUUUGUUAUGAAAACAGCAACCAGAUCAGGGGUGGGCAGCUCCGGUCCUCGAGAGCCAUUAUCCAGUAUGUUUUGUUUAUCUCCCUGCUGCAGCAUGCCUGAUUUUCAUCAGCAGCUGAUUAACAGGCUUCUGCAGAGCUUGGUGAAGCAAGUGUGCUGGAACAGAGAAUCAACUAAAACAUGCUGGACAGUGGUCCUCGAGGACCGGAGUUACCCACCCCUGCGUCCAGACGUUGUUGUGUUCUACAGCUUCUGUGAGACUUUAUGGAGUCAUCAGGAUUUGGACUGACUCACCACUGAUGCCGAUAAACUCAGAUCAACAUCCAGAACAGUUUGGUGACUAAAGUUACUCCCACACAAAGAUGGAUGAAGAUGUGAACCGUAAAUUUUCAGGGAACGUUUAAAACAUCUGGAUGCUCAUACAAGAACAUUUUACAGCAGAUAGCAUCACAGGGGUUUUGAACAAACAGAUGUUAAUGUCUGACCCUUUUUGUCCAACUUUUAGCUACAUAAAUGCCAGCCAUGCCAUUCCAUCACAGAGAGAUAACAAAGCAGUGGGUAGCUGUUGUCAUUCUACUGUUUCCUUUGAUUUAUCCCAAUGUAGAAGUUUAUUACCUGAACACAAAUUAGAAUUGUGUUUGCAGCCAGUUACAGAGUUUAAAAUCUAAACGGGUUAAAAUCUGAAGGCAAACGAAUGGAACACUGUAAAAUGGAAUGAGUUAAAGGGGUGAUUUUUACAUGUGUGGUGUUGAUCCACCAUCUCUGCCCCAGAUACUCUCACAGGUUUACUGUGUGUAUAUGUACUGUACAUAAUUAAUUAUUUAUCUGCUCUAAAAACAAAUUCAUACAGAAAACUGCACUGUGCUAACCAUCAAUUCACUUUUGUAGCCAUAACUGGUUAUGUAGCAUUAACCUGAACUCACUAUACAAUUAUGACCUAAAACUGCGUUUAAAUCUUAUUAUAGGAGUUUAGUUUAAUUUACUAAAAAAAAUUAUAAACACGAUUUUACUUUGUGCCAUAAAAGCUACCAGCAGGUUUCUUGUCAAACCAAAAAAGUUCCCUGCCAUUCUUCCGUGCCCAUUAAGCCACCAGGCAGGGUGUGUGUGCGUGUGUGUGUGUGUGCGUGCAUGUGUGCGUGCGUGCGUGCGUGCGUGUGUGUGUGUGUGUGUGUGUGUGUGUGUAGGAGGGAGGGAGGGCAUGGAUUGUUAGUGGGUCUUAAGUUUUCAGUGUGUGUAGCAGUGACAUCACACACACACACACACAGAACUGUUUGGAAAGUGUUUGCAUCAGCCGUAGUGUGGGUAGUACAGUAAUUAUAUCAGAAUAUUUGACACAUUUAUGUUUUAUAUUAGUUUAACACACACACACGUAUAUACAUAUAUAAGUAUUUGUGCAGCCAGCCUGUGUUCAAUUCUUUGUAGACCUUUUCCAAACCCCAGAAACAUAUGCAUGACUUAUGUUUUGUGUAUCAUAGGUUCUGUAGAGUACUUUUUGUAGAACCUACAGAAAAAUUCUUUUUUUAUUUGUUUUUGUGUCAAACGACAAUCUUGGCAUCUAUGUAGGGUUUGGUUCUGUUCUGCAGCUGCCAUUCAUUUAUUAUAUGAACUAUUGUGUACAUACUAAAGAGAGGUAUGGAAAAAAACUGUUUUAAUGCUAAAUAUUUCAGAAGGAACAUACAGUAUUUACAGUAUUUUCGAAAUAAUUCAAGCGGUGCAUAUAUUUUGAAUACUAAAAUGUAUUUUCUGUUAAAUUGUGUGCUUUAUUGUUUGAGUCACUAAAGUGAUUGGUUUUAAAACUGCACCCCAACAGGAUGUUUGUUCACAUGUUCUUUACAAAUGUGACUAUUGGUGCCACUCAGAAGGGACAAAAGUCAGGAAACAAGUAGAAAUGUUUAGAUUCGGCUAUUUCAGAACAAUCCUAAUGAAGGGAACCCACUGUUCCCCAGACCAACUGCAUUGGAUCUCAGAGGACAUGCUUCAAUCCUUCCCAAUAAAGGUCUUAAAAAUGGACCAUAAAACAUCUAAAGCUGAUGAAAUAUUUGUUAUUAUAGAUUUGUGGUAAAGCUUCUGAUGCAUGCAAGUCAUGUUGUGUUGAAAUCAAAAACAUAAGUUUCCAUGUACAAGCUAAAAAAAACAAGUAGAGUCUAUUCGGACGUCAGAAACCCAUUUACACGGGGGAUUAGGAGUGUCUUUGCUCCACUGCUUUCCCUUUUAACCUCAGAGUAAUGGAAAUGUUGAAAUAAUAUUUUUAACUUUUCUCUGGAUUUUGUAAUGCUGAUAAAUCUAAGUGGUCCCAAUACACUCUUGUAACAAAUGUACCUUGUAAUUUAGUAUUAUGUUGUGAAAGAUAGAAUAACACUACAAAUAUAAUUAUAAUUUGUUUAAACUUACUGUAAAAAUAGCAGAAACCCCUAGAAAUCAGUUCUCACAAAUGCCUAAGUAUAACAUAGCAAUAACACAGUUACAGUAGCAGCUUCCACUUUUCUGGUCAAAAUUAGCUAAUGCAUUCAUGCUCUAUAAAACAAUUACAACUGUGUACAUUUCAAGCAACAAAAGCAAAAAUAAAUCAAUCAAUAAAAAUAAAAGUUAUAAAUGUAAAACCUUUUAGUGUAGAGCUAACUGGUUAGCCUAGCCACCUGACAGUGCUUCAGUCUUUAAUCCGACACGGCAUUUAAAAUAACAAUUCCUGAAUAAAGACAAUGCUGACAUA